AUGGCCGACUCCAAAGCGGACCCCGGUGCCACUACCGCGCCCGCCGAGACUUACACCGAGCCCCACGCCUCGACCGCCGGGGAGCCCAUCCCGCGCCCCAAUGGCUGGAUGUACAAGGGCUUCCACAUCGGUAAGAGAGAGCUGUGGUAUGCCUCGCCCAAGGUCCAGCUGUUCAUGGUCGCCAUGGUGUGCUUCCUGUGCCCGGGAAUGUACAACGCGCUCAGCGGCCUGGGAGGCUCGGGUCUGAAGGACCGGACAGCCCAGACCAACGCCUCCGUCUCCUUGUACUCGGUCUUUGCCGUCGUCGGUUUCUUCUCCGGCACCUUCGCCAACAAGCUUGGCCUCCGGGUGACCUUGGGCUUGGGUGGUCUGGGCUAUUCUGUCUAUGCCGCUAGUAUUCUGUGCUACAAGCACACCGAGAACAUGGGCUUUGUCAUUUUCGCCGGCUGUUUCCUGGGUCUCUGUGCUGGUCUUCUGUGGACGGCCCAGGGUGCCAUCAUGAUGUCGUACCCUCCCGAACACUCCAAGGGCAGGUAUAUCAGUUGGUUCUGGAUCAUCUUUAACCUCGGUGCCGUCAUUGGCGCCCUGAUCCCGCUAGGCCAGAACAUUAACAACACCGGCGGCGACGCAACCGACGGCACUUUCGUCGGCUUCAUCGUGCUCAUGCUUAUCGGUGCUGUCCUCGCCCUCUUCCUCUGCAAUGCAGACAAGGUCCAGCGAGAGGACGGUUCGCGCAUCAUCCUGAUGAAGAGCCCGUCUUGGUCGUCCGAGUUCAUUGGUCUGUGGGAGACCAUGUACAAGGACCCUUGGGUCGUCAGCCUGUUCCCCAUGUUCUUCGCCUCCAACAUCUUCUACACAUACCAGCUGAACAUCUUCAACGGCGCCCACUUCAACGCCCGCGGUUCGUCGUUAAACAACCUGCUCUACUGGCUGACCCAGAUCUUCGGGGCUGUCAUCUUCGGUUAUGCCUUGGACUACUCCAAGGUGCGGCGCUCCAUGCGCGCCAAGAUCUCGCUGGUUGUCCUGUUCGCCCUGACCUUCAUCAUCUGGGGAGGCGGCUGGGCCUGGCAGGUCAAGCAGCUGCCCCGAGCCGGCACGGCUACCCUCUGGGACUGGGAGAGCGGUGGUGGCGAGGAGUUUGUUGGUCCCAUGUUCUUGUUCAUGUUCUACGGCUUUUACGAUGCUGCGUGGCAGACUUGCAUCUACUGGUACAUGGGUGCGCUCUCCAACUCAGGUCGCCGCCUGUCCAACUUGGCUGGAUUCUACAAGGGCAUCCAGAGUGCUGGAGCCGCCAUCUUUUGGCGGUUGGACAACAUCGGAGUCGAGUACAACACCGUCUUCGGAGCUACAUGGGGUGUUUGUGCCGGCGCUCUUCUGAUUGCCGGUCCUAUCAUUUUCCUCAGAAUCCCCGACACGGUUUCAAUUGAGGAGGAUCUCAAGUUCAGUGACGAGACGGUCGAGGACGUGGCGCCGCAAGCUGUACUGGAGGAGAAGAAGGCGGAUGCGCAUGGAAUUGCCAAGGAGGAGGUCUGA